AUGGGAGGAACGGAUUUUCUCGAAUAUUCCGUUUACCUUUUCCUCAUUCCAAUUCUCAUUUACACAUCGUUUCGGCUAGCGAUGAAGACGAAAUUGCAUGGGAAUAUGAGAUUCAACGUCACUCUGAUGACCCUCUCAGUUCUUUGGAUGCUUCUCAUUCGAAUCAUUACCCUUAUCACAUUAAAUUGGGAAGAUAAAGCUUUACUGGCACAAAUGACCGGCUAUGUGUUGCAUCGAACAAAACAAGACUGGUCGACGAGACAUCAAGGAGCAUCACUGUCACAGAGAUAUCAAAUCGCCGAGUCGAUAGCUUCAGCGAAAUUAUUUCUCCCAUUGACUGCAAGCAAUUUCCUUUCUGUCUUAUUUCUUUUGGGAAAUCUGGCAGCAAUUGCUUUUGGAGAACUUCCACCAGACACACAGGGAUUGUGUUGGACAAUGUUGGAUUGGACCCUCAAGGAUUUAAAGAUUCAUCGCGAAAGUGCCUAUAAUGUCCACCGACUCUUGCAAUUCCUUUCAAAUUUCGCUAAACGCCGGAAAGGCGAGCGUCGAAAUACGAUCUCGGUGACUCCAAUUCGACCAAAAACUGAAACUGAUGAAUAUUUCAAAAAUUAUAAGACAAUGUGGGCU